AUGGUCAGUCUCCUUCGAGCUAACAAAUUUGUUUGCGGGGGAACGCUUAUUAGCAAUCGGUACGUUCUAACAGCAGCACAUUGCACUGACAACGGAACGGCACUCGUCGCGCAAUUGGGGGCUUAUAAUCGAUCAAACCAUCUACAUUGCGAGAAUUCAGUCUCCAGACACAAGUGUUAUCGCAUUCAAGAAUUCUUAGUUGAUCGCCACUAUAUUCCGUCUACCUAUCAGCCGGGACAUUACGACGAUGACAUCUGCUUGCUGAGGCUGGAAAAAAUGGUGGUCUAUACUGAUCACAUUAGACCUAUUUGCGUUUUAACGGAUCCGCGGAAACAACCCAUUUUGGAUGCUGUUUCGCACUUUAAGGCAGCUGGAUGGGGAGAUACUGAGCACGUAAAAGAAAGCGAAAUACUCAUGGAGGUGGACAUCAAUCGCGAAGAAUGGGACAGUUGUAGUGCUAUUUUCUGGAACGACGACGGUGUUAUGUUAAUUCGAGAAGAAAGGGAAGACAGUAAGAUUUGUGGCAAGGGGAAAAUGAAAGCCUUCCCCCAAAGGGCUGAUACCUGUAACGGGGAUUCGGGAGGACCCAUCUCCACGGUUACAGUGAUAAAUGGAAAGGAACGUACCACACAGCUUGGAGUCGUCAGCUUUGGCACAGAACACUGCACCGGAAUAGGAGUAUAUACGAAUGUUAUGUAUUACGUCAAUUGGAUAAAGCAAACAGUGGAGGAGGACAUUAAAGUUCUCCUUCCAAAGAAGGAUCUUUUGGACCAGGCGUGCUAUGAAAACUAUAGCCCAUCCGACCCCCAUCCAUGGCUAGCCACGGUCUAUCUAUUUCGGUUUGUGCUGGCCUAUGGAGCACUUAUAUCCAACAAAUUCGUCGUGACCACUGCUUCGCUGUUGCCCACGACAGCACCUUUAGAGGUGGGCUUGGCCGGGGGAGCUACCUAUCACGUCAAAGCCAUGCAUAAGCACCCCAACUUCACAAGCGUGGCCGCAGAUGACAUUGCCCUACUCCAACUGGCGGAUUUUGUCCAGUACACAGCCCUUAAACGACCCCUUUGCAUGCCCUCCACCCCUGAAGAAACGGAAGUUUUUCAAAAGAAGAACAGUAGACUGACUGAAGCCAUCGCUGUCAAUAGCGAAAUUGGCAGUGUGGUGGAAUUGCCGAAGCACCACCUGUGCGCCAAAUAUGGCAACAUUUCGAUUGAUCAAAUCUGCACGAGGACCCAGUUUGUGGGCCAGCAGCUAGGCAGCGGCAGCCCUUUGGUAACCACGAUAGUGACUGGCACCCAAAUUGGUUACACCCUGGUUGGCUUGGCCAGCUACGAGGGCCCCGAUAACGGGCUUACUGUGUACACGAAUGUCAAUAGGUAUAUGCCUUGGAUCAUUGGUUUUGUGAAUAAAACAACAGCCAGCCAAUAAAACUAGAGGAGUAAUA